GGCGGAUUGCCCGUCAGCAGAGUCGAAAGUCAACACUCGAAAGUUUCCGUUCGUCCUCACGCCAGCGCGAGAAGCCCGGUCCGUGGGAGUCUUGCCAGGAAUCAAACGAAGCUCCACGACCCUCGGGAAACGGAGCGGCGCGCGCCAAGGUUAACCCGUGUCAGAAUAUUUGAACCCAAAUUGACUACAUCUGAAAUAACAUAGGAAACAAUGUCUUUCUUAAUCAGAGGUGCUCAAAAGCAUGGCUUUAUCUGUCAAGCCCACAAAGAAUUAUUGAAAAGAUAUAUACUGAAGAGUUCAAAAGCUUUCAAUGGACAAAAGAUGAGAUCUUCAGAAACAUCCUCUCCAGUUAAUUCUAAAAAUAUGGACUCUGUCAAUUAUAUAAUAGUUGGAGCUGGAUCUGCAGGAUGUGUUUUAGCCAACCGAUUGACUGAAGAUCCUCACAAUACAGUGAAGCUACUUGAAGCAGGUCCAAAAGAUACUGUUUUAGGUAGCAAACAAUUAUUGUGGAAGAUCCAUAUGCCUGCUGCUUUAACUUACAAUCUCUGUGAUGAGAAAUAUAACUGGUACUACCAUACAACACCCCAAAAACACAUGGAUAAUCGGAUCCUGUACUGGCCCAGAGGACGAGUCUGGGGUGGUUCCUCAUCCCUCAAUGCCAUGGUGUACAUUCGAGGCCAUGCAGAAGAUUAUAAUAGGUGGAGUAAAGAAGGGGCUGUUGGAUGGGACUAUGAGUUCUGUUUGCCGUAUUUUAAGAAAGCACAAACGCAUGAGUUGGGGGCUGAUCUUUAUCGAGGAGGGGACGGCCCACUUCAUGUGUCAAGGGGAAAAACAAAAAACCCUCUUCAUUGUGCAUUCCUGGAUGCAGCUCAGCAAGCUGGGUACCCUUUCACAGACGAUAUGAACGGUUUUCAACAAGAAGGCUUUGGCUGGAUGGAUAUGACAAUAUAUGAAGGUAAAAGGUGGAAUACAGCUAGUGCAUACCUUCGUCCUGCUUUAUCACGUCCAAACCUGUCUGCAGAAGUCAGUACAUUUGUUACAAAAAUUUUAUUUGAGGGGACCAAAGCAAUUGGUGUUGAGUAUAUUAAAAAUGGAGAAAAGAAAAAGGUUUUUGCUAGUAAGGAAGUUAUUUUAAGUGGUGGUGCCAUAAAUUCUCCACAGUUACUUAUGCUAUCUGGAGUUGGAAAUGCAGACGAUCUAAAAAAAUUAGGAAUCCCUGUUGUCUGCCAUCUUUCAGGGGUUGGCCAUAAUCUCCAAGAUCAUUUGGAAGUGUAUAUACAGCAAAAGUGCACUCAACCUCUAACACUGUAUAAAUCACAAAAGCCUCUUCGGAUGAUCAAAAUUGGUCUUGAAUGGUUCUGGAAAUCCACAGGUAUGAAAAUAGAUGUCUGGGAGUUUCGCCAGUGUGUGAAAUUAGCCAGGGAGAUCUUUGCUCAGAAAGCAUUUGAAGAAUUCCGGGGACCUGAGAUUCAACCAGGGGAACAUAUUCAGUCUGACAAAGAAAUAGAUGCUUUCGUAAGACAAAAAUCUGAUAGUGCCUAUCAUCCUUCGUGCACUUGCAAAAUGGGACAGAAUUCUGAUCCUACUGCUGUGGUUGAUCCUGAGACCAAAGUUAUAGGCACAGAAAAUUUAAGAGUAGUUGAUGCCUCAAUAAUGCCCAGUAUUGUUAGCGGGAAUUUAAAUGCCCCAACCAUCAUGAUAGCAGAGAAGGCUGCUGAUAUUAUCUUGGGAUUACCACCGCUUCAAGGGAAAAAUGUUCCAGUAUAUAAACCCAAAACUCUGGAAACGCAGCGGUAACUUUUUUAUCUGCACUAGAAGUUUGGUUCCAUUGGAGCCAAUCUUGGCCUACUUUUUCUAUAGGAACAUGUAUAAAGAGUAGCAGCACUUAAUAUGUUUUUCUAUACCACUAAACCAAAAAUCUACUUUCAGUGUCAAGAAAAAGGAUGUACACUAGAAAUAAUGCUUUACUUCAGUUAAUAUUUGUUAAUAAUAGAUGCUUGGAAGCAUCUAAUUAACCACAGAAUUGUUGUAAGCAAAUAUUUGAUGGUAUGCACAGUACAUUUUUAACCACAGAAGUCAGAUUUUGUACAUUAAUACAAAACAAUGGAAAGGAAAAUAACAACAAAUAGAAUGUAGUUUAUGGCUUUUGAUUUGAUGGGCUAAUACAUUUCAUCCAGUCUAAAGGUAAGAGAAAAUAGCAAUGUAUUUUUUCUAGUACACAAGGCAGCAUUUAAUCUCAGAAUGAAAUAGAAUUGUCAUUCUAAAUAGUUGAAGCAGAAUUAUGUUCAAGUUAGACCUUUGAUCUAUAUUUUGUAUCUGGUACAUUUAGGUCAUUUUUCCCCCCAAUUGUCACUAAAUAAUUUUAAAAGAAUAGAAGUCAUGCUGAAGUGAUUUUAGUAGAAAUAAUCAUGGUUAAAUUAUGCUUGUGCUUUGUAAAAAAUAUUUUAUUUCUGAAAUAAACAAAUUCUAAUUAAUAUA